AUGGCUCUUCUUCCAUUUUUCGUUAUCUUGUUUUCUCUUCGCAUGCAUUCGUCUUGCGCCUUCCACCCUAGAAAGUUCAGUUUCUCGAGAACCCAGAAUAGUUCCAGUUCCAAAUGGUCACCUGCAGGUGCUACUUGGUACGGCUCUGCCAACGGCUUUGGGAGUGAUGGAGGAGCUUGUGGAUACGAGAGUUCGGUAGGGCAGCAUCCGUUUUCUUCGAUGGUUUCUGCAGGAGGGCCUUCUCUAUUUAAAUCAGGCAAAGGGUGUGGAGCCUGUUAUCAGGUGAAAUGCACAGAGAACAAAGCUUGCUCAGGGAAUCCGGUGACUGUGGUAAUCACAGACAACUGCCCCGGCGAGCCGUGUGUGUCUCAGAAGGUUCACUUCGAUUUAAGUGGCACGGCUUUUGGAGCCAUGGCGAGUUCCGGUAAGGCUGAUGAUUUGCGUAAUGCCGGAGUCCUGCAGAUCCAAUACAGAAGGGUGCAGUGCAAUCACCACGGUGUGUCAUUGACCUUCCGUGUUGAUUCAGGAUCCAACCCCUACUACUUUGCUGUUCUGAUCAAGUAUGAGAACGGGGAUGGUGAUCUCGCAGCUGUUCAUAUCAAGCAAGCUCAAGGCUCCAACUCGUGGCUCCCCAUGCAGCAUUCCUGGGGUGCAGUUUGGAAACUGGACUCCGGGUCGGCACUUCAGGGCCCAUUCUCGAUCCGGCUUACUUCAGGCAACUCGGGCAAGACUUUAGUGGCCAACAACGUCAUUCCUGCAGGAUGGAAGCCUGGCCAAACCUACCGAUCAACCGCCAACUUCUAAACAACCUGCGACUCACGCUAGCACAGAGUAAUCAAAUAGUUAUUAUGUAUAGGAAGUGGUCGCUGUAGAUGCAGAUCAAUCCAACUAGUUUAUACACAUGCAU